CGGCAACUUUCAAACGUAACCAUGGAAGGUAGUUCUGAAAUAAGGAAAAAGUCUCGGGAAUCUAAAGUGUGUUCGAGAUGUGGGAAAUCAGUUAUAAAUUUAUCUCGUCAUCAGAAGGAUGUACAUAAAGUGAAUAAGAUUUUUCGUCAGGUAGAUGUAUAUAUAAAUGGAAACAAGAAAGCGCCUAAUAGGAAGAUAAAGUUUUGUCCGUUAUCUCCAUGCAAGCAUUCAAAGAAAGGUGUCUUUCAACUUCAUCAUCAUUUACAGUCAAAUAUCCACAAGCUUAAUCCCAACUCAAACCAAUACUUAGAUGCGCUUAAAUCUGCUCCGAGAAUUGGGCUUCAAGAGCUACGAGAUCACAUUGCCAAGAGAAAGAAAUCCAAAGCAAAGAGCGCCACAACUAAAGAUGGUCCUAAAAAGAGAAAAAUCGAAUCAAAAUCACCUGUACGUGGAAAGGCCGCAAAAAGGGUGAAAUUUUACAAGGGUGACAAGGAAAAUGAGUAUAGUUUGGUGAAUAGAAUCGAAGCUGAGGAAGAAAUUGAAAAUGACUCGGAUGAUCAAUUAUUAGAAAAUCCUGAAGGAGAAGCAACUAUCAGCAGAAACGUGAGUAACCCUGGGCACCUCGCACCGACCUCCUCCAAUAGUAAUGCAGAGGAGCGCAAACUACAUAAUGAAGAAAGUUGUGAAUCAAAGGUAAGAGAGACGUACAAUGAUGAUGACAGCAAAUUAGAGUAUGAUCAGCAAGUUGAUAAAGUGGAACACAAGCUACAUAAUGAAGAAAGUGGAGAUUCAGGCAAUGAUCAUGACAGUAAUUUGGAGUAUGAAAAAGUAAUGGAUCAAAUGGAAUCAAAGGUAGGUGAUACACAUGAUGACCAUGACAGCGAUUUGGAGUAUGAUCAACUUGUGGAUAACGUGUGGAAAAGAAAUGAAGAGUGCAAGAAGCGAAGCUUUAAACAGUUAGUGUCUAUGAUGUCCUCCCAGUGUGAAAGCGAUGCCGAGCUAUCUGAAGAGUUAAACAACCGCAAAAAUGCUGACCAAGUAAUCCAACCACCUCAACCACCAGUGACGGCUGGUAAUACCAAAUCUAGUGAAAUAGUUAUAUGCGACAGUGAAGAAGAGGAAAUUUUAGACCCAAACUAUCACCCUUCCCUGGACUCCGAAUCAGAGUGUAGCACUGGAAGCUUGUCAGAUAACUGCUCGUUGCAAGAAAGGGAUGACAUUUUAACUGAUUUCGUGGAAAACGUAGAUAAUCUCGAUUUUCUUCGUGUGGAACCAGAAUGGAAGAGCGUGGUUGAUGUUGUUUUUGAAAGAAAAAAGAACGCUGGUAAUACUGACUCCCAAAGCAAUCUUUCACAAGGUAAAGUGCCUAAGGAAGUUAUGAAUGAUGAUGAAUCAUCAGUAUACGAUAGCGAUGAUGAUGAUAAUGACGACUGUCUUGAAGAGAUGGAAGAUGAUGUCAGUUUUGAAGACAAUGAUAGUAGUGAUGACAGCCCACUGCUUAACGAGUUUCAUUCCUGGUUGAUAGACGUAGACGGGGGUUAUCGCUGCGCAAAAGUGGCUGGUCAGUACAAGUCACAGGUAAAACGCAUCAUGAAAGUUCUUUCAGAAGAUUUCCCUCAAGCAGCAAAUGAAAUAGAUCUUGUUACUGUCGAGGGGCAUGACGGAGUGGUAAUGUUGAGGAAGUGGUUGGGUCAACUAUCUGAGGAGUAUCAACCUGGAACCAUUAGAUCAUACCUAAUGAGCCUUAGGCUAUUCCUUAAAUUCCUUGUGCAAGAAGAGAAAGGGCAAGAUAGAUUAGACACACUUCAUGCAAGGAGAGAUCUUUUAACUUCGUGGUCAUCUGCUCAAAGAAAGAAGGUGCUGAAAAGGAAAUUAGAGAAACAUGACAUGGACUUUGCAAAACUCCUUUCUAGCGAAGAUCUAUAUAAAGUGUCAAAUGGACAACAGCGAAUAAACAUAAUUAAAGCGCUUGGAACAGCUGCGGAGAAAAGCAAAGCUUGUGGAGAACCUGUGCUGGUCAACGAUCAGACCUUUUGCGAAGUAAGGGAUUGGCUGAUUACAAGAUUAAUAAUUGACAACUCCGGAAGAAGUGGUAUUGCAGCAAAUAUAACAGUGGAGGAAUUCAAAGAUGCUAAACUGUACGCUGGAGAAGAAGAUGGAGAGAGAUACCGCGUAUCAGUUAAGAAUCACAAGACAGGAGGUGUUUAUGGGGCAGCCAUUGUAUGGUUUCAUGCUGAUGUUUACAAUCUGGUGAAUACGUAUAUCUCAAGGGUGAGGCCUAAGUACGUCAAAGAUGCCACAGAUAACAU